GAUGAUGAAGGCCUGAAGAGGAGCAGAAGGGCUGUGCAGCCAGACGUCAAGACAAUCCCUAUUCCUAGGGUGGAAAGGGGUCCAAGCUUCCCAGGCAGUCUCAGCCGUUACUUCAGGUCUACAGAAGGUUUAAUAAGGAGGAAGAGAGAGUUGAUUGUUCCUUCCUUCUUUGUUUCUGAGAAUCACAGAGGACCCUACCCUCUGAAGAUUGGUCAAGUUCGAUCUACUGAGGAUAGACACAGAAAGAUUUAUUACAGCAUCACUGGUCCAGGAGCUGAUCAAAGUCCUGCAAACCUUUUUACCAUGGACAGGGACAAUGGUAACCUGUAUGUCACUCAAGUACUCGACAGAGAGAAACAAGACCGGUAUUUGCUUCAGUUGCAUGCUGUGGGAGAAGGUUCAGUCAAUGCUGAGAAGCCCAUGGAUUUUGUAAUCAAUGUAAUGGAUCAKAACGACAACAAGCCUGUAUUUACUCAAAGCAUCUUUGAGGGAAAAGUUCCCGAGUCCUCACCCAAAGGUUUUGAGGUGAUUAGGGUUGAAGCCUUGGAUGCUGAUGAGCCAGGUACUGAAAACUCAGAUUUACGGUACCGUAUACUGAGCCAGGAGCCUGAGUUUCCCAGUCGCUCUAUGUUUGCCAUCAACCCUGUAACUGGAGUCAUCACAGUAAAUGAUGGAAGACUGCUCAAAGAGAAACACCCACAGUGCACGCUGACAGUUGUGGCAGCAGAUCUUCAGGGAGAUGGACUGAGCGCAACCACAAAAGCUGUCAUCACUGUAACCAGCAGCAGUGUUCCCACCACCUCUCCUUGUAUUUCUGGCUCAAAGAUCAUCUUUGUUAAUCCUGAAUUUAGUGUUGCAGAGAAUAACAGAGGGCCCUUUCCUAUGAAGAUAGCUCAAAUUCKCUCUGUUGAGGACACAGUGCAGAAGAUCUUUUACAGCAUCACAGGUCCAGGAGCUGAUCAGCAUCCUGUUGGACUUUUCACUGUGCACAGGGACUCUGGUACUCUGUACAUCACACAAUCACUGGACAGAGAGACACGAGACAAGUACAUUGUGAAGGCACAUGCUGUGGCAGAAGGUGAAGGAAACGUAGAUGAGCAUUUAGAUUUCGUAAUCAAAGUAAUUGACCAGAAUGACAACAAACCUGUUUUUAAUAAAAACGUCUACAUGGGAGAAGUUGCCGAAACAUCACAAAAAGGUAUGGAGGUGAUUCAGGUUGAGGCUUCUGAUGCUGAUGAGACAAGUACCGACAACUCAGACAUCCGGUACCGCAUCCUGAGCCAGGAUCCUCAGGAACCUGAUCCAUUCAUGUUUGCUAUYGACCCRAUAACUGGAGUCAUCACAGUCAACACUGACAGACUGAACAGAGAGAAACACUCUCUGUACAUUCUGGUGGUAGAAGCAGCAGACAUGGGCGGAGAAGGUUUAAGUAGUCAAACCAGGGUCGUUCUCACAGUGACGGCAAACAGCCAGCCCUCUGCUGGUGGAGGCCAAAGGACCAGAAGAGAUGUCCAGCCUGAUCCCAUAAGGAUCCCCACUCCUUGGAGGGAAAGGCCAAGAGCUGCCAGGAAAAUGAGGAGCAACUGGUUUCCUCCACUGGGUGUUGUUGAGAAUCAUAAAGGACCCUUUCCUCGAUGGAUUACAAAAUGGACUUGCAAGUGCCAGGUCAACAUCAGUGGUCCAGGAGUUGAUCAACCUCCUGUUGGCCUUUUCAUGAUGGAUAAAAAUGUUCUCUACGUCACACAGCCACUCGACAGAGAGGAAAGAGAAGAUUACAUGUUGCAGGUAAGUAUUAUGGAAGAAGGUUCUUCAUACACUGUACCUACGUACAUCGAAGUAAUAGACAUGAAUGACAACAAGCCAGUUUUCAGUCAACACACCUUCUUAAGAUACGUCGCUGAGGCCUCACCAAAAGGUUUUGAGGUGAUAAGGG